GUAGAGGCAUCUAUGACAACAGAAAUUAUAUAUUUCUACAAAAAUUAUUCUGUUUUUACAUCUUGUGCAGUAAAUUAAUAAUGAUGCACAGCACAUUGAUCUCACAAUAAACAUUCCAUAUACCAAGGUGAAAAAGCAAUGAAACCCUGUUCGUGGUGGAUUGCGAUGUUGUAUUAAGGUUCUAUAAUGGGAUGUGGUGGCUACAGCAAGAUUAACAAACCAGAAGUCAAUGGUGCCAUUUAUCGCAAGAUCACCAAGGAACAAGUCCAUGUUGAAAUGGGGCACAAGGUCAAGGUUGUAGAUGAUUACCCGACUAUUAUUUUCGUUUAUGGAGGCCCUGGUUCUAAAAAAGGACGCCUGGUUUCGGAGUUGUCUGAGGUAUUUGAUUUCACUUUCAUUAAUGUGGAGAAGAUGAUGUUGCAGAAACUUGCAGAGAAUUCCAACAGUGCAGACACUAAUGAGCAGGGGGACCGUAAGGAGUCGGUGCAGGAGCUGAAAAAAAUGUUGGAGGAGGAUCCUACAACCAUAUCCUUAGCCUGGAUUCUAAAGGAAGUGGCCUCUGCUGUAGAUCUGAACCCUAGGGGGCGCUACCUGGUUGACAUGAUGCCCAACCUCAAGUAUAUCAUCCGUACAGCCAACUUCUCCCAAGAUUGUUCUAGUCACAUGGCUCUUUUUGAGCAGAAGUACCCCAUAUCGUUCAGCUUGUAUUUUUCACUGAAUAUGAACAACAAAACCAAAGGCGCCAAAAAAGUGGAGGAAGUUGUCAAGGAGGAGAAGGAAGAAGAAAAACCUGGCUUUCAGUCAGAUGAAGUAGAUCUGUCUCGCACUAAGAGACGAGCUUUAAUGUUUGAGAACAGUGUCAGGUCUUUCCUCGAGUAUUUUGAAAAGUCUGAGCGCCUGAUGGUGGUCGAUGUUUCUUGUCGGAAUGCUGAUGCCAUUUCAAGCAGAGUAUGUGAAGUCUUCAGCCGCCUUAGUUUGAAAAACUUGAAACUGGUCAAUACAGUGCUUAUAUUUGUCUUUGAUGGAAAAUCUAUAGACCCAGAUAUACUGCAGGAAAAUGAAGUGGAAUACAUCAGGCUUGACAGACCAGGCUCAAAGUUAUCCGUAGCAUCAUUGGAUGAAGCUAUCAGAAAUUUUGUGAACAAGUUGAAUCACAAAGAACACAAGACUUUUGUGGUGGAUCUCAGCUCAACAAACAUUACAAAACAAUCUCAUGCAGAGGUAGAGAAAACUUCUAUUGUCUUUGUGAAUGAAGCAAACAUUGAACGCUACUUCGACAUACCUGGCUGUCAGGGAAUGUUCAAGACAGUCUCAUCCCUGGAGAACGCUGUCUGUGUUUUUCCUGCAGACACUGAUCAGAGCUUGUGCAAAAAGAUAGCUAUCUCUUUUAAUAAUGAAUUUAGUAAUCCCAGGGGGAAAGGGGAAGGUGAAACAGGAUAGUUUUUGUGUAUAGAAAAAUCGCUAAUUGUUUCGUGUAUUUCAUAUUUAAAAUUUAUUUGGCUUGUGCUGUAGUAAUCUAUCGUAAAAAUAAUUCAACAAAAUUUUAAAAUAUGUUGUUAAAUUCUAAGUAAAAAUUAAAAAUGUAAGAAUUAAUCCUGUUUUUUUUGCGUACUUGAUCACAUAGAAUCUGUAUGCAAUGUUUUAAAAUAUUUUUUAAAUAACAGAACAAAAAAAACCAUGUUAAUUGCCUACUGAAAUUAUGACCAAAUUGGAUUGGAGAGCUUUUAAAAAAUUAAAAAUAGGCUAUUGUGGAGUUUUAUAAAAGUUAAAGGCUUUCCUUGAUAGAAUUAUAUUUAUUUUUGCUAGUCGUAUUUCAGCAAUUUUUAAAAUAAAUACAUUUUUUUCUUAUCUAGGAAGCACUGGUAAGCAUACAAUAUAAAUUAAAUGUCUUCAAAAUACACUAAAUACAUUUUCUUUAAAUUAAAAAUGUCUGAAAUAAUGCUCAAUCAAACUUACGCUUUUAAAAAAUAUAUAAAUAUUUGUCAGCAGCUUUUUAAUUUGUUUCAUAUUUGAUAAUUAAUAUUUCAUGUAUAAGUAAAGUUUUUAUUAAUCCUAAUCCUUUUUUAAUUAAUAUAAUCUUAGAUUUUCACAUGGCAGUGUUGAGUGUAAUUUAAUUUUGGUUAAACGGAAUAGAAUUUUGGUUUUGCGAUAUGUUCUUCAUCCGUAGAAUUUAAAAUUAUUUCUACUUUUCUCAUUUAAGUCCUGUAUUCUAUGUGUAUGUAAGUUUAAAGUAAGUAUGACAGGUUUUAUUGACAAGGUUUUCUACUCCAAUUUUUUUUCAGUGUGAUAUUCUGUGUACAAACUUAUCAUAAUGCAGAUCUGAUGAAGUUAUGUGAUGUGGUGUUACACAAUCCAAUAACGAAUGUAGAAUGCUAUGCAUUCUGGUUACAUUGUAUUAAAGUUACGCUCAUAAAUUUUUUUGCCCUUAAAACAAGUAUUAACAUAUUUGCACUAAUAUAAUUUAUUUUGAAGACAGGUAUAACAUUUGGAUUAACCAGUUUGCUAAAAAUCGCCUAAAUUGUUUAUUUUUUAAUUACCAAAAAUAUCUCACAUAAUAUGCUGUGAAUUAAAUUUAUUUUAUAAUAUCACUGAUUAUAAAAUUAUGCAAGGCUUUUACAAUUACAUCUGUUUUAAGAAAAAUACUAACAGUUAAUGUUAAAAUAUUUCAAAUAAAUUAACAGAAAGUGAAUUCUACUUGUUUUAUUUUAUUUUAAUUAUUUAUUUCACUUACAUUAUUUUUUUUUGUACUUGUUAAUUCCUCAACAUUUCUGCAUAAUUUAACAUCAUUAUUAAAAUCUCAGUGUACUUUGUGUCUUUUAAUCCACAUGCAUAUUUUUUAUUUCAUUAAAUUACAUUUGUUUCCAAAUAUUUUUAGUUUACUAACGAUGAAGCUUUAAAAUGUGCACUAGGUUGACUGAUCCUUAUCUGUUUGAAAGGUUUUUACUAAAUAACACUUCCUAGAUAGAAGAGUUAAAAUCAAUUUCUAUCUUUUCUUUGUAUUAAUAUGCAAACAAAAAUGAAUGAUGAAGCAUAUAGUUCUCUGGUUGCAUUAAAAUUAUAUUGUUUUUAGAA